AUGUAUACUUUCGGAGACGAAAUCUAUAGGGGUAUACGCGAUUCGGUUCAACAUUUAUGUACGCAUUCUAAAGUUAUUUCAUGCCGAAUUGCAAUCAAAGGUAUCGUGCUUAGUAGGCUGAUAUCCGAGUUGUUCCUGGACAUUGUACUUUCUUACCUUGGCUUCAAAGUGUAUUCCGUGCUGGUAGGCAAGUUCGUUGUGAAGUGGGAUACGGCAGUCGUAGAGGUCGUCUGCGAUAAUAUCAUAGGGUCCAUGUUUCUUACGGACCGGCAUCUCAACCGCACUGAAAUGUAUCUGCUUAAUGUCAUUCAUACAUGCUCGCGCUUCAAGAGGUCUGAGUAA